AAAGUCGAUCGAUCCGUGCGGGGGUGGAUCGACGGGAGCUUCUCUUUUUGAAACGUGGCCCAUCCCUCUCAGGCAACCGGUAACCCCCACCGGUAGCGCUUGCGCCCCUACGUUUCCUAUAAGAGGCUGAGUACCGCUCGCGCGGAUUUCAGUCUGACCCGCGGUACCGGCGCCGCGGUCGUCGUUGUGCGUCGUUACGAACUAUAUCCCCUUCGAGGACAAUAUUCCCCGUCAUGAUGCUCCCCGGCCUCGACUAAGAGCGAGAGAGAUAAAGAGAGGGCGAGCAAACGCGAGAAGAAACUCCUCUUUUUCAUUCCUUUCCCUCCCGCCAUCGCGAUAAAUCAAACAGCGUCGUCGUCGUCGUCGUCGUCGUCGUCGCCGUCGUUGUCGUCGUCGUCGUCGUCGUCGUCGACGUCAGCAACGACGUUGCUUCUCCUGGACGACCAGCGUACGUUGACAUAAAAAGAGAGACCAACAGUAUUGCGAUCGGCAGUAGUUCUGCCUGUUGUUGCGUGGACGUGGUAGUGGUGGGGUCCUAUUGCUCUCCGCUGAACCCCUCUUCUACGCGGCAUGUGAUUGUGCCCUAUAUGUGCCAUUUAACUUAAUAGUGAAACGCGACUCUUAUGGUGAUGUCUUUUACGUUGCUAAAUAGUGGGAUCGUCGACGGAGACGGAACGCGAUCGCUUUUCAGUGUUCGAUAGCGGAUAUGCGUCUACCUGAUUGCGAGGUGUCAACCGCGAGCCAUUCGAGUAGUUUAGCUUUCGUCGCCAAGAUGAACUUACGUAGGAUCCUACCGUGGAUGUGGUGCUUCCUAAUUACAAGCGAAUGUUACAACGCAAAAAUUAGAGGCGAGGACGGCUCGAAGUUGAUACGCAUUGGUGGCGACAUCAUCCUCGGCGGGAUCUUUCCGAUGCACGAACAGGUCGCAAGCUCCAUCGGUCAAUCACCAUGCGGGGCCGUGAAAGAAGAGAAGGGUGUGCAACGAUUGGAAGCUAUGUUGUACGUUCUGGACCAAAUUAACGCUGAUACAGAACUCUUGCCGAACACCACGCUGGGUGCUCUCAUCCUCGAUUCCUGCAGCAGCGACACUUACGCUCUAGAUCAGAGCAUGGAGUUCGUCAGAUCGUAUAUGAAUCAAAGCGCGCGCAAGGAGCGAAGCGUAACAUAAUUAAAUACAAUUAAAAAAUAUGGCUCUUUUUGUAUAUAAACGUCGAUAGAAAUCAUAUAUGUAGACCUACAAAUAAAUAUUCUACAUAAUGGAGGAGAAAUGUGAGAAAGUUGAUGUAAGUCGUGUAAGCAGUAAUGAAAAUGUGUAGACAUCGUUUUCCAUUUCGAGAUGUAACCCCGGUGUAAUCCCAUUAUGUCACCGAUUCGUCUCGAGUGUGUGGGACGCGCGAUAAAUAUGUAUCGAUGGAAAUUAUACAUCCGCGAUGAAUCCAAAUCGCUACGCCGCUCCACGUCCCCGUUGCGAAUAUUACAAAGUACAAUGGCGCCGUGAACCGAAGUGGGAAUACCCGUAAAUAUUUAUCGCUCAGUCGCGCCAAAUGAGGAUGGGUCGCGCUUUCAUUCGCGGCUCUGUGCCCGCGGAUCUGUACGGGGAUCUUCGCACUUACGAUUACAUCGGUGCCGACGGCGGAUGAAAACAGGGUAAAUAUUUAUUGACGUAGCGGAGGUGGCUACAAGCCGCUUUUUGUACACGGCUACUCGAGGCCGGGGCCACUCAAGCUGAGGUCGCGCGCUGAAGAGGAGACACGAUCGAUCGAUCGGUUUUCCUCCCUUUACUCACUGUGAGUCAGCUGUUAGCUGGUUCAUAGUAUUAUACGGAGUAUAGACACUAUACGGGCAAACACGUUGUUUUUUUUUCCACGAUAAGACCAUUCCGGGUGAUGCGCUUAACACGAAUACCAUUGCGGAAAUAAUAGGGUGUCAUGAGUACGAUGUAACGAAAAAAAUAUGGGACAUCGAGAUUAACUUUUGGACAUAUUCGUUAUCAGCGCCACAAAACUUAAUAAGAAAUGCCGUCUUGCGGCAAGAUAUAUUUUUAUUGUUGACCGGUGAUAUUACGAAAAGUUACAAUAUGGAUUAUUUAUUAUUUUAAACGUAAUAAUUUGUUAAAUAACAUCAGCAUACAUUUAUAUAAAGCAUCACAUUGCUCCAUUCUCAUAUUGCGAGUUUUCGAGAGAUGAAGAGAUUCUUGCAUGAUAAUUCACACAAAGCAAUCCCCUAAUAAAUGGCUUUUGGGAUGAUAAAGGAAGGUCGAAAAUGAGGUGGAAAUUGUACGGGGGAGAAACGUCUUUCAUGAUUGCCAAUCACGCGAUAACCGACAAGGGAGAAGAGUCUCGCGCAUCACUUUUCAUAUUUUCUUCUUACUUUCCGAAAAUCUCGCAUCCCUUUGUGAUGAUUCACCGCAAAAUAUACUACCUGCGAGAGCCCCGUGAAGAAAAAUUCUCGUCACCCCAUUUACUUGCCUAUUUCACCUGUAUAAUGUAUGCUCCGCACGGUGUCUUAUCAUGAACCACAGAUCUCACGGGAUAUCCCGAAAAUAUUUUAUCGACCGAAAUUUCUAAAAAUUAAUAUAAUUUUGUUUCUAAGGAUCGCUCUAGUGAUCUUGACAAAAGAAUAACCACUGAUAUUCCACGCGAUUGAUACUGUGUCGAAUUAAAAUUAUAAAGCUCGUAAAAUUAACGAAUUAAACUCGAACUUUUUGACUUCUUUUGACUUCUUUAAUUUCUAGUUAAUUUAUGCACGCCACACAAGACAGUGACAUAAAGCGCCCGUGCAUAUUAAUACGUAUUAUGUCAAUCCGCAAACUAUAAUGAAAUUCUAUGCAUUUCUCGGUUUUAACUGAAUUUUAUGCUGACACAUGGAGGCAUAGCCGCACAAUUCAACUGGCGUACAUUGCGCAAGGUAACGCCGGUUUAAGUUGUACUAAUUUUUAUCAGAUAUUUUUGCGUCACAGAUGUCCGAACGAAAUCACUGCAAUCGACCUGGUUCUGUCUCACGGACAAUGGCCGUUGGUUCCUAAAUCAUGUGCCGCGACGUCAGCGUCAUGACGUAACUAAAUAGGGUUUGCGGUUAUAACUGGGUCGGUCGUCGGUGGCGGAAAUGAAAGGAAAUAGAUUAAAUUAUUAUGUCAAGUGUGUGUGGAUGCGAGAGCCUGAUGGGACAGUGAGGACGCACGUGCGCGGAUUAUUUAUCGAGCUCUUGUUAAUCGAUGGCCAGCGAUUUUAUCCUCUCAUGAAAAAUUUUGUUAGCGCAAUGUAAUACUGUAAGCGUAACAAAAUAUGAUUGGGAAAGAGACACACAAUCUGGAGAGAGGCUAUUGAAUUGGUUAAAAAGUUAUAAAUUGUUACCGAGUCUCGUUGAGCUAUUUCACAACGUUGAAUAAAAAAAUUAUGAGUAGAUAAUGCGUCCAUUAUGCUCGAUAAGUCACUUAAAGGGCUAUUUUAAAGUUUAUUCAAGAGUUCCGGAUUAAUUAAAAGUGGGACAUGUAAAAGAGACUGUAAGUACCAAAAAGAAAAGUCUCAUAAAUGACAUUUACGCUCUUUCUAGCCUAGAUAUAUGAGAAUCUUUUGACGAGAAGUUUUUGGAAAAUAUGAGACCUGCAAUCUCUUUAUAACGAGUCUUCGAUUUGUGAUAAAGGAUGAGCAGUGACUAACUUAAUGAUUUAUCGGAAAUAACUACGGAGCCAUAUGAAGAUAUUAGUUUUCGAUUGAUUUUCCUAGGACAAAUUUUAUUCAUAUAUCAAUAGGAGAAUCACUGGAAAACAAAUGGAGCAAAUCGAAUGUAAUGCCAACAUUCCCGGCAGUUAUGAGAAAUUGCAGUUGGAAAGUGCAGCGGAGGGAACAAAACCACGACAGUGCCAGCACGCACGUACGUGUCCUCGGCUUCUUUCUCGAGAAAUUGAGUUGCCUUAAAUUAAAAUCGAAUAGCUUCUAUAAGGCUGUCUUAUUUUUAAGUAAAAAAAUUAAUAAACUAAAGUACUUCUCAAUUUGUAAACUUGAUUGUCGAUCUGAGUUGUAACAAUUUGUCAGGCGUGUUUUAUACUUUCGAAUAAAUCAAUUAAGAUGAGUGGCUUUUGAAUUAAUCGAUUAAGACGAUUGCUUAUAUUAUUCUGAUAAUUCAGUGAAGUAAAUAACUAUUCACUGCGCACGUACAAAGUUAUUGUAUUCCAUAGAAAACGUUUCAUCACUUUAGAUAGCGUGUGAGUGUCAGCGCCAUUUGCUACGGGAAACUUUUAAAAGUUAAAGAUAACAAGAUUCGAAAAUCCGAAGUUGCAAAAGUUUAACGACUCAAAGCUACAAGAAGAAAGAACUGAUAAGCGAAGAAGCGACUACUAAAGAAGCUUUGUGGCGAGCAAGUUGGCAGGAUGCAAGUUUACAGAAUGCAAAGAUUCGAAGAUAUGAGGGGACUUAGCAACAUUAAACUUUACGAAUACAAAGUGCAAAAAUAUGAUGCUUAAUAGGUGUAGGGUAAGAUGACCAAAUUCGGAUCAGAUACCAAAUGCGGAUCAACAAUUUAACGAGUCGCUAAUAAGCGACAUACAAACACGUCGAUGCCUUUUACGAUAUCGACAAUGUAGCAUAAAGUUGUAAAUAUAUAAAAGAGCGAAAUUGAAGUGAAUUACU